AUGACAAAAUAUCACCUCGGCGAAUCCUUCAAGAAGGAAGCGGCGCCCGAAGCCGUCGCCAUCGCCGGCCUCGGCCAGCUGCAGGCCGGCCAGCCACCGAGGACAAGACCACCUCCCUUUCCUCAACCACCAUCACCACCACGGUCGCCACACCCGCCCCAGCCCUGGACUGCACCGCCGGCCGACCUCCGGGCGCCGGCAGAAGACCACCACCACGAGCUCCUCCGCGCCACUCCAACACGCCCCUGGGAGGGCCGCCACUGGCCAGGGCCACCGCCCUGGCCCACGAACGUCGGCGAGCUCCAGCCGCUGCAGGUCUUGGCGGAAAACGCCCAGCACAGAACUCCCCGCAGCCCCGCCCAGAGCUCGACCUUCGUCCGCGCCACCACGCCGAAGAAGCCGGCGAGCAGCCGCCGCCACCACCUUGACCCGCCGCGCGGCCCCUCGCGGCCCGGAUCGGGCCCGGAUGGCCCGCUCCGCCCGCCGGCACCUGCGCCGGACGACCGUGCCGCUGCAGCCCGCCGCGCCCAGCCGCCGAGGCCGCCACCGCGCCGCGCAGUGCCGCUCCAAACGGCCGCCGCGACGAACGCCCCGCCACCAUCUGCCCGGGGCCGCCGCCCCGACGUCCGAGCUCCGCCGCACGCUGCGACCGGAGGACCCCCGCCGCCCUUUGGGAACGGGGCCCGCCGCCACCGCGGCAAUGGCCGGCGGCAGCGGCGGCAGGGAGGAGGGGCAGAGAGGCCGGCGGCGGGGGGUGCUAGGGUUUCCCCCGAGCCGCCAGAGGAGGGCGACGCGGGGGGUUGCUCCUACUGA